CUCAAAGACACGAGCCAUCCAAUGGCGACCUGCAAUGGGUUCGGCAAGUUCCAGACCUUCCGUGGAGCUCCUCAUUGGGCACUGAAGCUCUGUACACAUCCCCUUGGAAACGAGUCGGGAAUACCCAUGAUCACCGCGAGACGGGUGUUCUAGACCGUCGAUGGCCCACGGGUUUGCGUGUCCUCGUGCUCUGAGCCACAAAGUCUCUUGGCAGAACAGAGUUGUUGAUCCUCGCGGUCUAGAACGGGCUGUGGCGUUCUUGCUGCCGGAUGCUGCGGCGCGUGUCAGUAAAUUUGAUCGCAACGGCUUUGCAUCUUAAUUUAUUAGUGGCUAACCUUGUUUGACUCGAGAAGCUCGAAGCGGGCGACGGACCGUUUGUGAAGCCCGCGAUGCAUUCGGUGGCAUGAGCAUGGGGGGAGGGGUGUUGGUGUUGAGGGGUUGGGAGGCUUUGUUUGAGACGCGAAAAAAGAAGAGUCCAGGCCUUCGUUGUGUUACGUUGUUUGUGAUUGCAGUCACACGAGACAUGGCUUGGCUGGGCUCGACUGGGCAGUGAAGCCCUACCGUUUGUCUCUGUGAUUGUAAAUGUGAACACGGAGUUGAAGGAUUGCGUUGUGACAUGGGAUUAUCUAGGGUAUGU